AAACGAAAUUCACUUUUUUUUAUCACUUCACUUCGUAUUUAUUUUGGCGAUGUGAAGACACCAUCGUAUUGUUUUGUUUUAUUUAUUUUUACAUAACCAACUCGCUUGCAAAACAAAAUGCACUGUUAAAAACAAUAUAAAACACAAUUUUUUUCUUAAAAAAGCAUUGCUUCAAAAGGUUUCAAUUGCGUUUCGUUUUGGUCUGCUAAAGAUUGAUAAGAGAAUCAAAUGGCUUUGCUAACUCGUUUUUCAUCAUCGACCCCCGGAUCACCCAAAGCUCUAUUACAUCUACAAAAUUGUAUUGGUUUCUUGUGGCCAUCAUUACAGAAAUCCACACAAAUCGAUGUAAUAGAUUCAUUCACAAACGAAUUGGUUACCAAAAAGACAAAAAAAUGGGAAUCAUUGCGGGAGAAUCUUAUGAAGUCCGGCGAUGGUCGUAGUUCACCAACACCAUCGUUUGGUCAGACUGUAGUUUUGGCUAAAAAGGGUGUCAUGCAGGAUUUAGAGUCGAUACGUUCGCCCGAAUUGGGUUUGGACAUUCGAUCGUUAUCUCGGGCGCAAUUGGACAAUUUGCUGCUGUCUACUUUGGAAAUUAAAAAUAAAGUUGACUUUUUGUAUUUGAUUAAACAGUGCAUUAAUUGGCGAUUGCUACCAUCCAAGGAUGUUCUCAUCGAAUGUCUUAAAUACCUAAGCAAUUUGCAAAAGACCCAGCAAAUUGAAGAUUUUAUUGAAAUUUGCAAAUUGCAAAAGAAUCCUCUUCUCACAAUCUAUGGUGGAUUGGCUCCGUUCAAAGCAAUGGCCAUGUGGCGAAGUGGUAGUUCAGAAGGAGCACUAAGAACUCUAGAGCAAGGCUAUGCCAGUUGUAAAGAUGAUGAAGGUCGUCGUAUGAUAAGAAUUGCUUUCAAAACCAUCUCCGAAGAAACUCUAGAAAAUAAAAGUGAUGCCGUCCUAGUUGGUCUAACUAAAUUGGCCAAAAAAAUCUAUGCCGAACAAAAGGAUAUCUUUGGAUUGGCAUGCGUUUGGAAAGCCUGUUUUGCAAGUGAAUGGUUUUCCGAUCAAAAAACCGCCUCCCAAUUGUUCGAAGAGUAUGUGGAAUUGCAUGGAUUGGUUGGAAGACGAUCCCAAUCAUUGUGCUCCUCAUUUCUGCGUCAGAAAAAUGUUGAUGCUGUGCAUCGGUUAAUUGAAUUAUUUUUGCAAUAUGAGCAACGAGAUUCGUGUAGUAAUUGUCUUGGUCUUCUAUUCAAUUACCAAUAUCAUCGCAAAGAUCUCCGAGCCUGUGCAGAAGUUAUAAAGAGUUGCAGCGAACUCGAAAUGCCUCUUAAUGAGACACAAAAUGAACAAUUCCUGAGUUUGUUCCUUAAUCAAUCGGCUGCACCGAAAUUCCAUACCAAACAGCAAACUUCUGCAAAUAAGUUUCAAUACAAAUUUUAAGUACCUUAUUAGAAAAUUCCGAACUCUGGUUGUUCUGAUAGAAGUUGUUGUUGUUAAUAACUGUCGUUUAUGCAUAUAUACGUGCCCACCGUAUAUGUAUUAGGUUUAUGUUUAAAACGCACCGUAUUAAAUAAAACCAAAUUUUAAGUAGCAA